AACACAAUGGUUGUGCAAGUAACAUUUUUGCUCUCAUCUCUCUCUAGUUGAAGACGAUAACAGUCCUCUCUAUCUGAGCUGAACAAAAUCACCACUUUCACACAAAAUUCCAUACAUACAAACAAAAAGCUAAUCCGAAAGCAAGAAAAGAAGGCCCAAGAGUAAAGCGAAGAAGAUGUCGGCGUGGCAGCCGUACGUGGACGACCACCUGAUGUGCGAAAUCGAAGGCAACUACCUCUCCUCCGCCGCCAUCAUCGGCCACGACGGCAGCGUCUGGUCCCAGAGCCCCACCUUCCCUCAGAUUAAGCCCGAGGAAGUAACAGCAAUGAUGAAUGAUUUUGCUGAGCCGGGUACUCUCGCUCCAACUGGCUUGUACCUUGGAGGAACGAAAUACAUGGUGAUCCAAGGGGAACCAGGAGCUGUCAUUCGAGGGAAGAAGGGGCCUGGGGGUGUCACUGUUAAAAAGACUAAUAUGGCGUUGAUCAUCGGUAUCUACGACGAGCCAAUGACACCAGGCCAGUGCAACAUGAUUGUUGAAAGGCUUGGUGACUAUCUCAUCGAACAGAGUUAUUAAUCGUUUUGUAAAAGACCGGUACGAGUACCUGAAGUGUUUGCAAAUUACUUGUGAGAACAUAAUGUAUUUGGGGAUUGAGAAGUGUCCAAGACUGAUCUUUUAUCAUGGGUUGAACAGCCUUUUCUCUGUAUUCUUCUUAUAGAAGUCUUGUUAUUGUUUCCAAGUAAGGCACUUAUGUACUUUGGAGUGUUCUUUUUCUCCUCCUGGGAAUUUCUAAUAGAUUGAAAUAUAUCCGGUUAGUAUAA